UCAGUUUUCAGUCGAGUGCCAGCUUGGGCGCAAAGCGGGCGACAAUCCCACGGAUCUCGGUUUUGGGUUCGGUUGAGAUAGUUUCGUUUUGAAUGGUUUCAUUUGUGUUUUUUGUCGGGGCGGGGGAAGCAAAGUGUCGCCUUCGUGGAAAGAUAAAUAAAUAAAUACAGAAAAGACACAAACAGAGUAGUGCCCAGCAUGUUUUGAAAUCAGUUUUCGGCAUCGACAAGCCCCGAAUCGCAACUGCAAAUGCAGCACAUUGCCGGGCAGUUAAUUACAUCGAAUUAACUUUAAUUUGGCGUGUGAUAAGCUCGCUAUAAUUAAACCGCUACACCGCGUUAAAACUCAAUUUAGACCAGCUCGGAGUUUGGCUUUGAGCAGAUGAACUGGCGAGUGAACAAGUUGGCCGUUGUCAAGGAGCUGCCUUAUUGCAUAACCCCCAAAAAACAAGUCCAAGCAUCCCUAAAUCAGUGCAAGUGACCUCAACGAAGAGAUACCCACGUAUAGCGUAUAUUACCUCUGUAUGGACCGCAUUAAGUGCGAAGCGUAUAAAAGGCUCAUCAACCGAAAUCUUCUGUAAUUUGCUCAAUUGGCGCGUUGUCCGGCGAUCAGCGUUUGGCGGCCUGUAUCCAAGAGAUACUUUUGCAGUAUCUCUACCUAGCAGCGUAUUAAAGUUAACAGUUGAGCACCAAGAUGGCGUUUAACAAGAUUGUCUUCUUGGCUUUAUUAGCCCUAAGUUCCAUUUGUGGUUUGGCCUCUGCAACCUACAAAGUGGGCGUGGGCCGAGCUGACAUCACAGGACCUUCUGUGGAAAUUAAUUUUAUGGGCUAUGCCAAUAUUAAACAAAUUGGCCGGGGCAUCCACACCCGAGUCUUCGCCCGAGCCUUUGUGGUGGAGGACGAGAACGGCAACCGAGUGGCCUUUGUGAGUGCCGACUGCGGCAUGAUGGGCUAUGGCCUGAAGAGGGAGGUGGUGAAGCGUCUACAGGCACGUUAUGGCAAUAUCUACACCACCGAGAAUGUGGCCCUGAGUGGCACCCACACCCACGGUGCUCCUGGUGGAUUCUUGAUGCACUUGCUCUACGAUAUCUCCAUUCUGGGCUUUGUUCCCCAAACCUUCGAGACAAUGGCCCAGGGCUUGUACUUGAGCAUCAAGAGAGCCACCGACAACCUGGUUAAUGGUAGGAUUUUCCUUUCCAAAACCACUGUCUUGAAUGUAAACAUCAACCGCUCACCCUCCUCCUAUCUGAGAAAUCCCGCCGAGGAGCGUGCUCAGUACGAGCACGAUACGGAUAAGACCCUGACCCAGUUGAAGUUUGUGGACUUGGAUAACAAUUUGCUGGGAGCAUUUAACUGGUAUGCCGUCCAUGCCACCUCGAUGAACAACACCAACAAACUGGUGACCAGCGACAACGUGGGAUAUGCUGCCCUCCUCCUUGAAAAGGAGUACAAUCCGAACAAGAUGCCUGGCAAGGGAAAGUUCGUAGGCUCCUUCUGCUCUUCCAACCUCGGGGAUGUCUCGCCCAACAUAAUGGGUCCUAAGUGUUCUAUUUCUGGCAAUGAAUGUGAUCUGCUCAGCUCCCGUUGUCCUGCCGGUGAAGGAGAUUGCUUCGCCUCCGGUCCCGGUAAGGAUAUGUUUGAGAGCACCCAGAUCCUGGGUCAAAGGUUAGCCGAUGCUGCUCUCCGUUUGCUGGCCGACAAUAGUCAGGAGACGGAGACCAAGGCCCGCGAGGUCACUGGAGAUGUUCGCUUCAUUCAUCAGUUCGUGGACAUGCCCAACUACAAUGGAAGUACCUACAAUCCUUUGAGCCGGAAAAUCGACAAGAUCCGUGGAUGUCAGCCCGCUAUGGGUUACAGUUUUGCUGCUGGUACCACCGACGGACCAGGAGCCUUUAGUUUUGAACAGGGCACCACCACAGACAAUGCCAUGUGGAACUUCGUGAGGGAUUUCAUAGCCGCCCCAACCCAGGAGGAUAUCAAGUGCCAUGAACCAAAGCCCAUUCUUUUGGCCACUGGCAGGGCCACCUUCCCUUACGAGUGGCAGCCAAAAAUUGUGUCCGAUCAGUUGCUGAAAAUAGGAGACGUUAUCAUUGCCGCAGUUCCCUGCGAGUUUACCACAAUGGCCGGAAGACGUCUAAGAAAUCAAAUUCGCGCUGCUGCCGAAGCCAUAUCCGGUAUCGAGCCCGAGGUGAUCAUCGCCGGACUGACCAACAUCUACACGAGUUACACCGUCACCCCGGAGGAGUACCAGGCCCAGCGUUACGAAGCCGCAUCCACCAUCUUCGGACCACACACCCACUCCAUCUACAUGGAUGUUUUUGAGCGAUUGACCAAGGCGAUGAUGAAGAACGAGACCGUCGAGCCGGGUCCAAGUCCGCCUUACAUGAACGAUGUGAUGUUGUCCCUGAACACUGGAGUCCUCUUCGACGGACAUCCCAUCAAUACCGAUUUCGGUUACGUCAAGUCGCAGCCUAACAAGGAGUACGGAAUCAAUGAAACCGUAAAGGUCACCUACAUAUCUGGAAAUCCUCGCAACAACCUUUUCACCGAAAAAACAUACUUCACUGUGGAGCGAAAAAUUAAUGAGGAUCGCUGGAAGGUGGCCUACACGGAUGCCAGCUGGGAAACGAGAAUGAUCUGGCACCGUACCAACACCAUUCUAGGCUUCAGUGAGCUAGAUAUCUACUGGGACAUUAGUCCGCAAACACUUCCUGGAGAGUACCGCAUCCGGCAUUCGGGAGAGUACAAGUACAUCCUCGGCGGAAAGUAUCCCUACGAGGGUCUGUCGCAUUCCUUCACCGUGAAGGAGGAUUAGGUGUAAAUUAAGACAACCCCGAUAGAGAGUUUGUCCCAUUUAAAUAUUCCUGGCCAAAAAUAUUUUGGCCCAUCAAAAUGAAAAUCCAACACUGAUUCCAUGUAUUUAUUUACCAUUUGUAAGUGAGAGGAAAAGCUUUAUUUUUGCAGAUUGCGAAUAAAAAAGAUGCCAAAUUUUGUUGAAACUAA